UCAGGAUCAUAAACUCAAACGCUGCUCUUCACAUUUGUUUUGGAUCCAGAUUUUAAAUGAUGAUGAGUUUUGUUAUUACAUCACGAUGAUGAUCAUUGAUCAUUCUUACAUCGUUCCAAUCGAGUGAAUGUUUUUUUUAUUUAUUGCAAUAAUCGACGCUUCCAAAAAAAAAAAUCUCCAUGAUAUUCAUCUAAAAAAAAACAGUCAACAAUUAUUUUCUUCUAAUCCUUACAUAACUAUUUCUAGUCAAAACGAAAAUAAAAAGUGUUCAACAUGGAUUCGAAAAUUAAAACGACAACAACAGCAACGGAUAUUCCACAGAUAUUCACAUUAAAAUCGGUCUUUGAAUAUAUGGAAAAUCGGGACCCUAAAAUAUUGACAUUCAAUGUUGAUGAACGUUUUGUUAUGAUCAAAGAUCCGGAUAAAUCAUCCGAUUGGUAUUAUGUUAUCAAUGAAAAAGGACAAAUCGGUUAUGUUCCUAAUUCGUACGUCAUCUACGAAGAGAAUAUGAACAUUAAAGAAUUGCUUCAGCUUAUCGAUUCAAUUGCUUCCAAGCUAGAUCAGAAGAAUAAUGAACAAAACAAGAUUCUAACCGAUCGGCAAUUGAAACACGCUCAAAUCAAAUUAGCACAAAUGCGAUGUGAAAUAACCGAAACAUUGAUCAAAAUGGAACAGAGUACAAAACCAGUUGGUGUAUUGUCCGGUGUAAACGAAUUAUCCGUCAUUCAAGAGGAAAACAAAGAAGAUGAUGAAAGUAAUGGAGUGGACACAUCAAAUGAUGAAUGUUUGAAAAGAUGUCGGCAUUGUUGCUGGCAACAACAACAAGGUAUAAAUGCCUCCGCUGGUGACGAAAUCAAUGAACAAUUAAUAUCGAAUCUAAUCGAAAACGUAAAAUUAGAUUCGAAUCUAAACGAAUCGAAAGCAAUUGUUGUAGCUAAUUCUGUGAUAAAAACAUUAUCGGAAAAUAUACAGCCAUGGAACAAAGAUUGUCAACGAAUCAUUGACAUAAUGGAAAAAUAUGUUGAGGAAAAAGUGAAUAGCGAGAAUGUUUAUUCAUCCAAAUUGAAAUGCAUAUUCAAACGUCUUUGGUUCUGUAAGAAUGAUACACAACAACGUAAUUGGCCGGUCUAUCAGGAUGAAGAUAUCAUCCAGAGCUAUCUCGAUGAAUUGAUGAAUUUGUUGACCACUACUGAACAAUCAUUUCUUGAAAAGGAGAUUUGUUCACAGAAUCAUGAAAAUCUAUCCAAUUUGAUUCAAUAUUUUCAGAUGGAAACACGACGUUCGUUACGAUUGAAAUUGAUGGACAUUUUCAUAAGCCUCAUACGAUUAUAUCGACGUGUGCCAGCCGAUUUUUAUCUGACGACAGUGUUGCCCGGUGAAUUGGCUGUUGAAAUGAAAAAUUAUGUACAAGACAAACAACGAUGGAUCAAAGCAUCGACAUUGUUUACAUUGAUAUUUAGUUCUGGUCACAAACCACCGGUGAACAUUUAUGAACAUAUAAAUGAACAAUUUUUUAGUCAUCAAUUUGAUCUCUGUGAAGGUUUCGAUAUCAACGGCCAAACGAUUGAAUGUGAAAUUCCAUCGGAAAAUGUAAUAUCGCCAAUAUUAGCAUUCAAUCUGCACAUUACAGAUAUUGGUGAUAAUGUCAUCUUUAAAGCAUUGGGAAAACGAACAAAUGCCAGUCAUUUUACUGAGAAUCUUAUUUCCUAUCUAAAUUGGGAAGAAGAUAUCAUACUGACCAGUUGUAAUCUGACCAGACAAUCAUUCGAUGAUCAUUUGGAACAACAUCAUCAAUUUUCCAAUUCUACAUUCAAUAAUAAUUAUGAUUCGAAUCAGAAUUCGGUUCUGAAAUUCCUUAUCGAAAUGUUUGCCGAUAAAGUUGUAUCAUCAUUAUUCUAUUAUAAUGAUGUUCGUGUCAUCAUUGACAUAAUUAUCAGUCAAUUGAACAAUUUGCCUGUUGGUGAUCAUCGGAUAAAAUAUUAUCUGGAAUUGACGGCCAACAUAUUGAAGAAUACACAAUAUGCUGAAGAGCCUCAUAAAGCAUUCGAAUUGAAAAAAUGUUUGAUAAGCAUCCAACAUCAUGAAUUCAGCAAUAUAGCCGAUGUUCAAUUGGCCCAAGAUAUUAUUGACCGUAAUCACGAUGCAUUCAACUAUGCUAAUCAAUAACAUUUGUCAUAUUUUUUUUUGUUUGUCAUUUUCAUAUAUAAUAUAAUCGGUCAUGUGUACCCAUA